AUGGUCUGUCAGCGGGAGAAAGAGCUUCCACCUUUGCCGCCACAGGCAAGAAAAAAUGUGGAGAUCCCUGUACUGCCAUCUGUCACCAAUGACAUUAAAUCAACUACACCUACUCAGAAUAUACCAUCUCUAAAUAGGCACAAAACAGUUGAUGUUUUAGAUACCCCAAAAGAGGGGAAUUCGUCUCUGUCUAAACAAUCCAUAGGAGCCCAGAAGAAAUUUGUUCCUCAGCUCUCUAUCAGACGCAGUGGCCCCACCUUAACAUUGAAUCUGUCACACAGUAGCAAUUCAGAAGUCUCUGGAAAUAACGAUAUAGUGUCACGGCCUUUUGAUGCAUCAUUGACAAGUCCUCAUGUUUACUCUGCAAGUUCUGCCGACGAGGCAUUUCUAUUUUCCCAAGAAGACAACGAGCUAACCCCUAGUGAAAAAUCAAAAUACAUGUCCUUGUCUAUGAACAGCAAUAAUGAAACUUCCGACAACAUGCCUUCUCAUAAAAAGAAAAUUGUCAUUAAUCAAAACCCGCCAAGCAAUAUGUUGUCAGUACGUUCGAUGAACAAGGAAAAACCAGAGUUAAGUCUUAGUUCUAAAUCGUUGCAUCGACGUAAUAUAAAAAAACUUACGCUUGAUCCAAUUGAUACAAGUAACUUGCAAGACAGCAAAUUGGAUACCCCAUUAUUUUCUUCUACAUCUUCAUUAGGGAAAAUGGAGAUUAAGGAUCCAGAUCGAAGAAUCGACGCUGAUGAGUUGAUUCAAAAUAUAAAAAACCUAGAACUAGGGUUGGAAUAUCAAAUGCCCAUCAGAGCUGAGGAAUUGGUUAGUUUAAAAAGAUUGGGUUCUGGACAGUCUGGUACCGUUUCGAAAGUUUUACAUUUACCAACACAAAAAACGAUGGCACGUAAAACUGUCCAUCUUGAAGCCAAGGAAGUUAUACAGUCGCAAAUUAUGAGGGAAUUGAGGAUUAUGCAUGAAUGUGAUUCCCCGUUUAUAAUUGAAUUUUAUGGAACGUUUAUGCAUGAGGGGAAUGUUGUAAUCUGUAUGGAAUACGCAGACUGCGGAUCUCUUGAGCACGUUUUCAAAAUAACAGGUCCCUUUCCUGAAUUUAUGCUAAAACAUGUGGCUUAUUGCGUGUUAUCUGGUUUGAUUUACUUGUAUGAUAAUCAUAGGAUUAUUCACAGAGAUGUUAAACCAUCUAAUGUUUUGCUUACCUCAAAGGGAAAGAUCAAAUUAUGUGAUUUUGGUGUAUCCAGAGAACUGAUCAAUUCUAUGGCUGAUACUUUCGUUGGAACAUCUACUUAUAUGUCCCCUGAAAGAAUUCAAGGAGGCGUUUACUCUGUUAAAGGUGAUGUUUGGUCAUUGGGUAUUAUGCUCUACGAAUUAGCUUCUGGUAAAUUGGCAUUUACAAACAGCGAAUCUGGUCAGACCUCUAUUUUAGAGUUAUUGCAAAGAAUUGUCAAUGAACAACCACCAUCAUUAUCUGUGAAGGAUGGAUUUAGCAGAGAGGUUUCCGAUUUUGUGUCCUUGUGUUUGAAGAAGGAAAAGCAAAGAUCCAGUCCAUGGGAACUUAUGAGUCAUCCAUUCUUAGCUGACUUCCUUGAGGAGGAUGGAGUUCGUGUGAACUCCAAAUACCGUGGUGAUAUUCGUAAGUGGGCCAAAAAUGUACGAAGGGUACAGAAGGGUAAACCAGUAAAAACUGGCUAG